GAUAAAAUUAAAAAGUGAUUAAAAUUAUUAUCACAGAAAUUGGAUGUAAAUAUGACAAAAAGAUGCAGACGCUGCGUCAGGAGGAAGAACAGAAACGCAAGACUGAAGUUCAUGAGAUUGAGGAACGAAAGAACAGCCACAUUAACACAAUGAUGGAGAACCACGAGAAAGCUUUCAGAGACAUGAGAAACUACUUCAGUGACAACAUCCACAAGAAUCUGAACCUCAUCACUUCACUCAAGGAAGAUUUGAAGGAGAUGAAAAAGAAGGAAGAGAGGAGAUCUAAAGAGAUGGCGAUAGGGCUUCAGCAAAAUAAAGAACUUAUUGAGUCUCAAGAGAGAGCCAAAGAGGAAGUUACAGAGCUCCAGAAACAACUUACCAACUAUGAUAGGGACAAAAGCACUCUGGCUAGAAUGAGAGCUUAUGUCAAAGUGUCCGACAAAGAAAUGAAGGCACUAAAAUGGGAGCAUGAGGUGUUGGAGCAGAGAUUUACCACGGUUCAGUUGGAGCGAGAUGACUUGUACACAAAGUUCACUAAAGCCAUUCUGGAGGUUCAGCAGAAGACUGGCUUUAAAAACCUCCUGCUGGAGUGCAAACUGAGUGCACUCAAUGACACACUGGAGAAGAAGGAAGCUCAGCUUAGCGAGGUGUUGGCUGCCUCCAACCUGGACCCAACUGCCCUCAAUGUGGUCACAAGCAAGCUAGAGGAAGUUUUGGACUCCAAGAACCAGACUAUCAAAGACUUACAGUAUGAAGUGGAACGUGUUUGCAAGACAUAUAAUGACCUGCUGAGGACUUCUGAAGCAAAGCUGCGGGCAUUUGGAUUCCCUGUGAAAGAGCUCGGCUUUAAGCCACUGGAAAGCAGCAUUUCUGGACGGACUCUCGGGCAGGUCCCUGCUGGCCGUUUUCUGCCUCAAAUUAGCUAAAAGGGGACAAAAUGCUAAGCCUUGAAAUGUUAAGCAUAAAUUAAAUAAAAAGAUACUUACUGAAA